GUUCCAUAUAACCAGGGAACACCUACACGGUUCCACUCCCGAAAAAGGGAGCAGCUAGUCCGAUCUCAGUUCCCUAGCUUAGCCCCGAGACCAGCGAAAGAGGCAGGGGAGUCCUGGCUCCGAUUUCCGCCAUCUCCUACUCCAGCCAAGAUCGCCAGCAGGCCCUGUUUUGGAGCUGUACCAAUGCCACCUGCUGGCUGAAAAGUGCUACUACACCAAAUGCUAGCAGAUUCAGUGUCUGGUGUGGGUUCUCAUAUUUGGUGCCUUAUACAUACCUGCUUUCUAGCCCAUAAGGGAUAUCUUCUUGCUAUGCUUGCAUAUGGGAGGAAGGAUGAAUGAGCUCCCAUGGGCCUCUUUUUUAAGGACACUAAUUCUGUGGAUGAGGGCUCCACCCUUAUGACUAUUACAAGUUCUCACCUUGGGUUAGGAUUUCAACACAUGAAAGUCGGGGCCAUAAAUGCAUGCAAAUCACAGCAGCAAACAAGACCCUUUUCCCCAGCCAGGCAGCAUACUAACUGCCAGGAUCACCUGGAGGAAAACCUAAGAGACAUUGCUAGCAUUACGGUCGCUCAGGUUCUUCAGGAUGCAGCUUAUGAAGAAGUCCAAAGCACAGCUGCAGAGUUGCCGGAUCUUGCUGAGAAGUGUGAGAGUCUCAAACCCCAGGAGUCACCUCCAGAGUUCACCAGCCAGUUGACGGCUACCUUCCUCACACAUACUUGCAACAGCCAAGGCAUGGUGGGCAGUCACGUGUUCACUGACUGUUGUAAGACGAAAAAUACAGCAAGGCUCAAGUGCUUCCUGUCCUAUGAGAAAGAUGAUGCAGACGGCCUCGAUAUACCCCUGAUCCCUGUGAUGGUCUGUGAGAUGGAUGAGGGGAAUCAUGUGUCCCUGAAGGCAAAGUACAGCUAUGAAAUUUUUAGAAAGCAUCUCCUCUAUGGACCCACUGUCUUGACUGUGUCUGCUUGCUAUGAAACAGCUGUUCCGUCCUGUUGUCAAGAAGACAAUAAAACAGAGUGUCUGCAGACAAAGCUAGAACCCAUCAGAAAACAUAUUAGAGAAAUAUCUGCGAGACAUCAUCAUUUAUGUGAAAUCGGGAUUAAAUUCAAUGACACAAUAGCAAGAGCAGUAGAAUUGAUUCUGCUCACUAAAAAGCAACCUAAAGCUAAUUUUUCUGAAAUUGCCAAAUUGACCACAGGUAUUAAAAAGCUGCAUGAGACCUGCUGUGAAGGAAAUACAGUGGCAUGUGCACUGGGCAGCAUCAUUUCUCCUACUGCUCUGAGGGAAGAUCUUCAUAUUGCACACAGCAGAGCUGUAGAGCUGCAUGUCUACAAGCUCUAUUUGCUGAUGUGCUGGAAAUCAGUGCCUAGUACUGAUGGGAUCGACCUGUCUAAGGCUCUGCUUUAUCCAGGGGUGUGUUUUGCCAAGAUGCACACAAAAGUGACAUUGCCCAUCGGUUUAAUGAUUUGGGAGAACAACAUUUCAAAGGCCUAGUCGUGGUCACCCUUGCCCAGCAUCUCCAGAAAUGCCCAUAUGAAGAACAUGUGAAAUUAGUGAAUGAAAUAACUGAAUUUGCAAAAAUAUGUGUUGCUGACAUGUCUGCUGCAAACUGUGACAAAUCAAUUGUCAGUACAUUCUGAUUUUGAGGAUCCCUUUGCCUCUUCUAUAUAAUUCUGAGUAUUUCAAAGGGAAACAACUACUUUCUCCCACAUCUAAGGCCCAGGGAACACUGUGGAAGAGGGACAGAAUGAUUGUUAGACCCAGAGGAACAGGGAUUUUGCUAUGAGAUUGUCACAAGCUAGACUCAAAAGGUCUCACCAACAUGACUGGCCAAAUGUGACCUUAACAUUGACAGCACAAUAGAUAUGCCAGGGUGGAUGAAAGACCCCAAGGCUUAAACCCUACACAAAGAAAUUCAGGCAAACAAGGAUGCUCUUUGGUUAUAAAGAGAGUCAGGUACUGGCAGGAAUUUGACAGCUUCUGGUUCCCACUUAGCAAACUCUUUUUGGAGACAAGUUAUGUUCCAUUCCAAGUCUUUGUGAAAACUAUGGUGAACUGGCUGACUGCUAUAUGAAACAAGAACCUGAAAGAAAUGAAUGUUUCCUGCAACACAAGGAUGACAACCCCAACCUGC